AACUACUUUGAAGAAGAGUCAAAGCGAAAGGCCAAAUGGCCAAUAAUACAGAGAGCAAGAGAGAAGAGCCAUCGCAAUAAACAAAAGAAAAAAAAAAAGCAAAAAGCUAAAGAACCUCCUCAAGCAUCAAUGGCGAUAUCCAAGCUCCACCUCCUCUUUCUUCUCUCACUUGUCAGCCUCUCCCUUCAUCGUCCUGUUCUUUCCGACAACGAUGAGGAAGACAUUCUUCUUAAAGGCAUCAACGAAUACAGAACAUCCCUAAACCUAACAACACUUACGCAUAACAACAACGCAGAAUGUCUCGCCGACGAACUCGCUGACCAGUUCAAGAACCAACCAUGCACUAACACCACUGGCCCUGCUUCUGUCCCUGGAUCCCAACCUGGUUUCCAAGACUUCCCUAAGUUCCUCACAAAAUGUCGCCUCGACAUAACCGCAACCAGAGACGGUGAGAUCAUGCAAGCUUGUGUUCCUAACCUUGAUGCCACCCUUGUCUUGUCUAAUUUCACAAAGUCACGGUACAACAAGAACCUGAAUGAUUCUAAGUUCAUUGGCAUUGGCAUUGCUUCUGAUGAUAACUGGAUCGUGGUCAUCCUCACUACAAACACAACUGAGGGUGGCUAUACUCCGGCUACUAAGGACAGUAACUCAGGAGCUCUCUCAUUUGGAGUUAACGGUGUCGUUUCUUCGUGUUUGUUGGUUCUUCUCUUUUCUUUCUUCAUGUUUUGAGUUUUUUUUUCUUGAAUAAUGAUCUCGAUUUUCUUUCUUCAUGUUUUGAGCCUCAUUACGAGUUUCUUUUUCACUGUCUCUGUUCUGAAAAAAAUAAUGUUUUUUGUGUGAAAAUCUCAUUGCAUUUGUGUGUUAUCUCUAUCGUUUUGUUUUGAUGGGAUAUAUAUUGUAGUACUGAUCAGCUUAUUUGCACUGCGUUUGUCACUC